UGGUCAUGGAUCGGCCCAGUGCUUCGGCACGUCCUAUGAUAGUUUCUGAUCUUGAUCAUACAAUGGUUGAUCAUCAUGAUGUUGAGAAUGUAUCUCUACUCUGCUGCUCCGUAUAUCAUGCCCAGGUGGAAAUAAAAAGUCCCUGGUAGUUGGAGUGUUGGCUGAUGGAUUAACUUGAGUAUAGGAUCCAUCUGCUGUAACUGUCCAUCCAUCUAGUGUCGAGAAAAAUCUGGAUGAACGCAUACAUAAACUCAAAGCGUGGUAUGGAGACAAGCAGAGAAAAGUGUUUCGGGUUUGGGUGGAUCAUGGAUUAUCUAUACAGAUUGGUUCAAGCACAUGGCUGGUGAAUUUCGAUAAGUGGGAGCAGUGUGGUGAGAUUUCUUUAUAUGUUCUUCUAUAUCUGCUCAAUCUCUGCAUCUUUUCAAUUUAAACUAGAUGUCAUAUCUGUGCUAAUUUAUUUACCUUUCUUGCAUUCAUCUCUUUGUGGAUAUGGUAGUAAAUGUCUCUCCAACUUGGAAGACAAAUGAUUGACUUGUGGACUUCAAGAGGGUGAUGGUUCACAUGGGUUCACCCGGAUGCGUGUACAACAGGCGUGGCGAUAAGGAUAAAAAAUAAAAGAUCAUUCAGCCUGGCUGUUCUAGAUUGGUAUCAGAUAUUAUCCCUGACCUUUCUAGCUCCAGAAUAUUGUUCAGUGUUCAAUUGAAGUGAAUGUACUGAUGAUGUUAAUAUUUCAUUUCUUAUAUAUAAAACUAUUCACAGCCAUAGAAUAUAGAGAUCAUUCUCUU